AUGUCUCCGUCAAUCCAUGACGAUUUGCAGCCGAGGUGUAUGAGCGUGGCUGGCGCCCGUACUGUUUACGACUUUUUGAUCAGCGCCCAACUGCGUAACAAUAAGUGCAUCAUCCCGUCAUCGCGAGGCGACAGCGGUUCAACACUACAAAAACCUCGUGCUUCUCGCAUGAGUCCAGCAUCUACUUCAAUGCAUCUGUUGCGUGUCGUGAUCUCCCUGAUCUUUACCCCUUAUGGCCAAGACGCUCUACUUCAACAACAGCUUCAGCAACAACAGCAAGCCGCUGCUCAGGCCAAUACUCAAAGUCCUUCAUCGCAGCUGGUAAGCCAUCUGCUGGCCACCGCAUUGUUGGGUGGGUCAAAUCCCCUUGCCGUGAACCAAAUGGCCAGUGGUGGCUCAUCUUCAACAGUAGAACCACAAGGAAUGCAGUUGCUGUCAGUGUUGCAAAACCAACUGGCUUUUGGUCAACUUCUUCCUCAGUUUCAGAGUGGGCAGAAUCUCGGCGCAAUCAAUCCGCUUCUUAAUCCAGCUAUAGCGCUCUACUACCAACAGCUCUUGCAACAACAGCAGCAACAGCAAACAUUACUGCAACAGCUAGCACAGCAACAGAUCCCUCAAGCCCAAGCUGUGCAAGUUCCUCAGGCCCAUGCCUUCCAACCUCCAGCUCAAGUGUCGUCGGGAAAUGUGGAGUCGCAGUUGAGCGCACAGGAGCGGCUCAUGAGCGCCUAUCUGAGCGAGCAACAACAACAACAAGCCGGUACUUUUAGCAUCUCAAAUAGAGAUCAGGAGUCAACCCUACUGAAUCAUCAAGUUGCAAGUGGUGGACACGCGCAACAUGUGCAGCACCAUCACGAUCGGGCUUCCGUCGGGACCACCAGAAGUUUGGGCGCUGUCGCGAGUGGCAGUGCCGACAUGGAGUCAGCGGAGGAAAGGAUUAACCGACUGAUCAGUGAAAACGAAGCGAUUGUCCAACCACAUCAGGUGUCGAUUUUAGUUCAUUUAUUCGCUGCAUGA